AUGUAUUUCAAACUGUGCCUGCUGUUUGUCUCAGUUAUAUGUUCCAGCUGGGCGCUGCCCACCGACUUCGAUUACGACUGCACUGGCCUCCCCGAAAACUUCCUCUACUGGUGGGCGUGUGGUUCCUACGGCAUCUGUCGAGGCGGGCGUUACUCUCAGAUCGACUGCGUCAAUGGAACCAGCUACGACAGGAGAACUGGAGAUUGUACCCACAACUCACAGGCAGUGACCUAUCCCUGCAACAGUGUACCCGAGGAAUGCCUCAUCUACAAAGGUCCAGGACUCCGCUACCCAGACCGGAACGCUGACCCCGUGGAGGCCCUGCCCCCAUGCACGUUCUACUACACCUGUGCUUACGGCAGAUACCUAGGCCAUCAAAGGUGUCCCGAAGGUACUGUCUACGAUGAGCCCCAACAACGAUGCCUGCCGCCGACGCAAGUUUCCCCUCCUUGUGGAACCUUUACUGGGCACGUGGAUGGGCCAGUUCUCCCAGGGACGGAAACUGUGGAUGGUCGCCAGGUCAUUCAGCCACAAACCGACACCUUUGGCAACGUUGACAAGAACAAGUGGCCCUUCACCAACAACAGAAAUAGCCGCAACCAGAGACCUUCCCCGGGAAGAGCUGUCUAA